AUGCAGAAGAGGAAGACGGAUCAAGUGACUGUUUCUGACCUACCAUUCAUGGAUCUUGUGACCAGCACGAAAGCUGCGGGUAAUGGCGGUUCCUCUGAAAAGAAGGAUGGUGAGGAAGCCAGCAAGGUUCCGGACAUGGUCUCACCGAUCAGGGUGCAAAGGAAGAAGCUCCUUAUUCUGGAUCUCAAUGGUCUGCUUGCUGAUAUUAACCAGGACGACCGCAACUCGCAUUUGUCGCACGGGAAGGUCCGAGGCAAACUAGUCUUCAAAAGGCCCUAUUGUGACGAUUUCCUGAGGUUUUGCAUCAGCAACUUUGAGCUGGGGAUAUGGUCGUCAAGAUUGAAAGCAAAUACGGAUGCGGUUGUUGAUAUCCUUAUGAAAGAUCUGAAACAGCAUCUCUUGUUCUGUUGGGACUCAUCUAAAUGCACUGCGACUGGACAUUACACUGUUGAAAACAAGAACAAACCGUUAGUGUUGAAGGAACUGAACAAGCUGGGGGAGUUCUCACCCUCAAAUACUCUGCUUGUGGAUGAUUCCCCUUACAAAGCUCUGCGCAACCCGCCACACACUGCCAUUUUCCCUUACUCCUACAGCUAUAAGAAUGACAAGGAUGAUUCAUUGGGACCAGGUGGAGAUCUUCGCUUGUACCUGGAGAACCUUGCUACCGCAGACGAUGUCCAGCGUUACGUCGAGGACCACCCUUUUGGCCAACUUCAAAUCACAGAGAGGAACCCAAAUUGGAAGUUGUAUGCACAGAUCCUUGAUGGAAGGGUUCCAUAGCUUGAUGGUGAAAUCCAUAGUUGCUAAAGGUUUCUGUCCGCAUUCGAGGUUUUGACUGUUGAGUUUUGCUCACUUUGUGUGAGAACUUGUGUUGGCUGAUUUACAGUUUAGCUUGCAAUGCUGCUGUCCCUGCUUAUCCUCGAGUACCAGUAAACUUCUAGUUGUGCUAGUUCCCUUAAAUUAGAGAAAAUCUGAUGAAUUCUUCUGGCAGUAUGCUGUGAUCAUCACAAAGUGCUGUAAUCUUUUAUUUUUAUG